GUUAAUAAGUUAUUAUGUUAUUCUUUCAGAGUGAUUCUAAGGACACAAAGGACUUGAGAGUGAGCUCAGAGGGCAGAGCAAGUUAAACUGUAGUCAUUAGUAUUUCAUCUAUACUAUGCUGUUUUGCUUCCAAUAACCCUAAAUAUGCAAGUUUGCAAAUUGAAGUUUUCUUUACAUCUAUGUUGUACGAAAUUAUAGAAAGUGCAAAUGCCUGACAAAAGGUUCUUUCCUAUCCUACUUGCACAGGAAAAUGUAAGUAACACUUAAUUUGAAUAUUAACUAGUCCCGUAGAACUAAAUAUCUAGUUUUAAUGUACAGUGUAGGUUUGCAGACAACCCCUCAGAAUAUUUUUGUGAAGAGAAACAGCUUUGAAGCAUUUUUAAUGUUGUUUUCACACUGAAUGUACAGAGAACAUUACUGACCCCUGUAAUUUGGUUUAUAGUUGAAGACUUUUUAGAGAUUUUGUAACACUCCUGUGCUCAAAGCAUGCUCAAAGCUCAAAAGUAAUCUAGGAUUUCAAAGUAUGUUUCUACGGCUGUUCAGCUCUCUCUAAAAGCCAGCUGUGCAGCAGUUCAAAUACGAUGCAUUCCUGUCUCCACUGCUGCAGUUCCAGGAUAUUUUGCAUUCAGCGGCAUGAAGACCAGCAUUUGUCUGAUUAAAAAAAAAAAAAAAAAAAAAAAGCCUGCUCUACUAUCAGCACAGUGUAUUUGUUAACUUGUGUGAAAUUCUUUGUGGUUGUAAAUCAAACAAGAUCUGUGGUCUUGCAGUCAUCUCUUAUCUGUUGUAACCUUCCCCUUUCUGUUUCCGUGUCUCACAUUUGAGGUGACACUAAUCUCCCAAGAAUCACAUGCCCCAGUUCUCAUCUAGCACUGCUGUAACUCUGAAUAGCCAUGAAGUGCUAUUUUUCCUAUAUGCAGGAAGCUCUCUCUGCUCAGCAUCACUGAGAUAUCGUUAUGGCACAAGCAGGCUUUUUUUGCAUGCCUGAAAUACUUCGGAGAAUAUGUUGUGGCAUAAAACAGAAAGUAGAGAAAGAAACCAGAAAUUGUUCAGGGUUUGAGAUUGUUCGGGCUUUGACAAGGGCUGGAGGAGGAUGAGGCACUAGUUUUAAGCAGAACUGGUCAGCUCUGCAGUGAGAUGGCUGGGAAGCUCUUGGACACUCUGGCUUGCUUUCUCCAUUCUGAAAUGGUCAAGGGCAGUGGGGACAGUAAUGACUAGCGUGAAGGUAAUGACCUACUGAACUGGUCCAACUCCAGGAUAGUGAGUAUCUGUCCAUCUUGCUUCUGGGAUGAGAGCAACCAAUCCGUUCCCUGUUGUUUGGCUCUAUAAAGUGCUGACUUAAGGUGUUUGUGUUGUUCCUCACAGACUGCCUGCUCAUCAUGUCUUCCAUUCUUGGGAAGAUGAAGAAAUUUGGCAGUUCUGACAUGGAGGAAUCUGAAGUGACAGAUGAACACACAGAUGGAGAGGACUCCACACUGGAAACACCUGACAGCCUCCAGGGUACAGUCAGCACCAAGGUGCAGCCCCCCAAAAGCAACAUCUUUGCAAGACGUGGGCGGUUUGUGAUGGGGGACAGUGACAAGGAUAUGGCUCCCAUGGACUCCUUUUACCAGAUGGAUCACCUGAUGGCACCUUCUGUCAUCAAAUUUCAUGCCAAUUUGGAGAGGGGGAAACUUCACAAGCUCCUAUCUACAGAUUCCAUCACAGGCUGCUCAGAAAAAGCUUUCAAAUUUUAUGACCGCAGAAGGAUCUUUGAUGCUGUAGCCCAAGGCAACACAAGGGACCUGGAUGAUCUGCUACUCUAUCUUAAUAGAACCUUGAAGCAUCUCACAGAUGAUGAGUUCAAAGAGCCAGAAACGGGGAAAACCUGCUUACUGAAAGCCAUGCUGAAUCUACAUGAUGGGAAGAACGAGGCCAUUCCCUUGCUGCUGGAUAUUGCAAGGAAAACUGGGACUCUGAAAGAGUUUGUUAAUGCAGAGUAUACUGACAACUACUACAAGGGCCAGACUGCACUUCACAUCGCCAUUGAGAGAAGGAACAUGUACCUGGUGAAGCUCUUGGUCCAGAAUGGAGCAGAUGUUCAUGCAAGAGCCUGUGGGGAGUUCUUCAGGAAAAUCAAAGGGAAACCUGGCUUUUAUUUCGGGGAGCUGCCUUUGUCCCUGGCUGCCUGCACCAACCAGCUCUGCAUCGUGAAAUUCCUCCUGGAGAACCCCUACCAGCCAGCCAACAUCGCUGCUGUGGACUCCAUGGGCAAUACAGUCCUGCAUACACUCGUGGAGAUCGCAGAUAAUACUAAGGAUAAUACCAAGUUUGUUACCAAGAUGUACAAUAACAUAUUGAUCCUUGGUGCCAAAAUUAAUCCAAUCCUGAAACUGGAAGAACUCACCAACAAGAAAGGGCUGACUCCAUUAACUCUGGCAGCCAAAACAGGGAAGAUAGGGAUUUUCGCUUACAUCCUCAGACGAGAGAUUAAAGAUCCUGAGUGCAGACACUUGUCUAGGAAGUUCACUGAAUGGGCAUACGGACCUGUCCACUCGUCUCUCUAUGACCUGUCCUGUAUAGACACAUGUGAGAAAAAUUCAGUGCUUGAGAUUAUUGCCUACAGCAGUGAAACACCAAACCGUCAUGAGAUGCUGCUGGUGGAACCCCUUAACAGGCUGCUGCAAGACAAGUGGGACCGGUUUGUCAAACACUUAUUUUACUUCAACUUCUUUGUCUAUACCAUGCAUAUCAUCAUCCUCACUGCGGCUGCUUACUACAGACCUGUAGAGAAGGAGGAAAAGCCUCCCUUCACGUUUGGUCACAGCACUGGGGAAUAUUUUCGAGUGACUGGAGAGAUCGUGAGUGUACUGGGAGGUCUCUAUUUUUUUUUCAGAGGGAUACAGUAUUUCGUGCAGAGACGCCCAUCAUUCAAGACACUGGUAGUUGACAGCUACAGUGAGGUUCUUUUCUUUGUUCACUCCUUGCUCCUCCUGAGCUCUGUGGUGCUGUACUUCUGUGGCCAGGAACUGUACGUGGCUUCCAUGGUCUUCUCCUUGGCACUGGGCUGGGCUAACAUGCUGUACUACACCCGUGGCUUCCAGCAGAUGGGCAUUUACUCUGUCAUGAUUGCCAAGAUGAUCCUUAGAGAUUUAUGUCGCUUCAUGUUUGUCUAUCUGGUAUUCCUUUUGGGAUUUUCUACAGCUGUGGUGACUUUAAUUGAAGAUGACAAUGAGGGGCAAGAGACAAAUAGCUCUGAAUAUUCCCGAUGCUGCCAUAUGAAACGAAGCCGCACGUCCUACAACAGUCUGUAUUAUACCUGCUUGGAGCUUUUCAAGUUCACUAUUGGGAUGGGGGACCUGGAGUUCACAGAGAACUACAGGUUCAAGUCUGUGUUCGUCAUCCUUCUGGUUCUCUAUGUCAUCCUUACCUACAUCCUCCUGCUCAACAUGCUGAUUGCACUGAUGGGGGAAACUGUGAGCAAAAUUGCACAGGAGAGCAAGAGCAUCUGGAAACUCCAGAGAGCCAUCACAACCUUGGAUAUUGAAAACAGCUACUUGAACUGUGUGAGGCGCUCGUUCCGGUCUGGUAAGAGAGUCUUGGUGGGGGUCACACCUGACGGCCAAGAUGAUUACAGAUGGUGCUUUAGGGUUGAUGAAGUGAACUGGUCCACGUGGAAUACUAAUCUGGGCAUAAUCAACGAAGACCCUGGGUACUCCGGGGACCUCAAACGAAAUCCCAGUUACUCUAUUAAGCCUGGCAGAGUUUCAGGGAAAAACUGGAAAACGUUGGUUCCGCUUUUAAGAGAUGGAAGCAGGAGAGAAGAGACUCAUAAACUACCAGAAGAAGUAAAAUUAAAACCUAUUUUGGAACCUUAUUAUGAGCCAGAAGAUUCUGAGACAUUGAAGGAGUCAAUUCCAAAGUCAGUCUAAUCUUAUUUUAUUUUUAAGAAGAAGGUUAGUUCUAAUUGCCUGUUGGUCGUCACAAGCAGGACAAUUAGAGCACUUUACUGAAAAAGACAGGGAUUUAUGAAAAAAGGUCAGAGGAUUUAAGAAAUUGCUGUGUGCAAGG